UCCCCCUGAGGCAGCCCUGCCGUGAGACCAGAGGAAGGGGCCGCCCCCUCGGCCCCACCCGGCCGCCAUGAACACCUCGGCCGCACCCGCCGUCAGCCCCAACAUCACCGUCCUGGCACCAGGAAAGGGUCCCUGGCAAGUGGCCUUCAUUGGCAUCACCACGGGCCUCCUGUCCCUGGCCACCGUGACGGGCAACCUGCUGGUGCUCAUCUCCUUCAAGGUCAACACAGAGCUCAAGACCGUCAACAACUACUUCCUGCUCAGCCUGGCCUGCGCCGACCUCAUCAUCGGCACCGUCUCCAUGAACCUCUACACCACGUACCUGCUCAUGGGCCGCUGGGUCCUCGGCACGCUGGCCUGCGACCUCUGGCUGGCCCUGGACUACGUGGCCAGCAACGCCUCGGUCAUGAACCUGCUGCUCAUCAGCUUCGACCGCUACUUCUCCGUGACCCGGCCCCUGAGCUACCGCGCCAAGCGCACGCCGCGCCGGGCGGUGCUGAUGAUCGGCCUGGCCUGGACGGUGUCCUUCGUGCUCUGGGCGCCGGCCAUCCUCUUCUGGCAGUACCUGGUGGGCGAGCGGACGGUGCUGGCUGGGCAGUGCUACAUCCAGUUCCUCUCCCAGCCCAUCAUCACCUUCGGCACCGCCAUGGCCGCCUUCUACCUCCCGGUCACGGUCAUGUGCACACUCUACUGGCGCAUCUACCGGGAGACGGAGAACCGGGAUGAAAAAUCCAUGGAGUCCCUCACGUCCUCGGAGGGUGAGGAGCCGGGCCCCGAGGUGGCGAUCAAGAUGCCCAUGGUGGACCCCGAGGCGCCGGCCCCCGCCAAGCAGCCCCCCCGGAUCUCCCCGAACACGGUCAAGAGGCCGACGCGCAAGGGCCGGGAGCGCCCGGGCAAGAGCCAGAAGCCGCGCGGGAAGGACCAGCUGGCCAAGCGGAAGACCUUCUCGCUGGUCAAGGAGAAGAAGGCGGCGCGGACCCUGAGCGCCAUUCUGCUGGCCUUCAUCCUCACCUGGACGCCCUACAACAUCAUGGUGCUGGUGUCCACCUUCUGCAAGGACUGCGUCCCGGGGACGCUGUGGGAGCUGGGCUACUGGCUCUGCUACGUCAACAGCACCGUCAACCCCAUGUGCUACGCGCUCUGCAACAAGGCCUUCCGGGACACCUUCCGCCUGCUGCUGCUCUGCCGCUGGGACAAGCGGCGCUGGCGCAAGAUCCCCAAGCGCCCCGGCUCCGUGCACCGCACCCCCUCCCACCAGUGCUGAUGGCCCCGCCCUCGCCCUCCGCCCCGUCCCUGGGGCACCCGGCCGGUCGAGCUGGCAGCAGGGGCCGUGACCUCAGGCCCCGGGCCCGGCUCUGUCCUCACAGGCUUCCCAGGCCCCCAGGUCACCUUCCUGGACAGCCAGAGGGACCCUGCCAACUCCACUCUGCCAUUCCCGGGCAGGGAGCGACCCGGGGAACUGGUUUUUCUGUCCCCUGCCGGGUGGGAACGGGCUCCUCACCAGGAAGAAGGCGGGAGGAGGAUCCGGCCCUUGGAUUGCUUGUUUGCAUUUAGGCAGGAAGUCUACCUGGAGCCAGCAGGGCGAGCCAGCAGAGAGGUUUACCUCGCAGUCAGCCCCGGCCCCCUGGCUGGCCUGGAUGGCGGUGGGGAAUGGCGCCCUCUGUGGCCACCGCCGGGAACGGGCACCGAACACUGAGAGAAAAGCUGGGCUCCGAGGGACCAGCCCCUGGCCCCUCCGCAGGCACAGCCCACUCUGCUGGGCGCUGGGCUCACUUUCCAGAACGCCCAGCCUCCCUCCCAGGGUCCGCAGAGCGUCCCUGUGGGGCCCCCCUCCAGGCAGAUGUCCAAGCCUCAGCAGGACAGUGGCACCAGAGGGGACCAGCUUGGCUAGUCGCACGCAAGUCCCGCGGCAGCAGCCGGGCCCACGCCGUGUGUCCUGGUGUCCCACUGGGGAGCGAGGGCAGGGUGCCUGCUGUCCAGCCUCACGCCUAUACCCCCGCCCCAGAGGAACCCUCAGUCCCUCCUGGCUCCCAGCCACCACCUGGGUAGGUCUGCUCCGUGCAGAUCUAGCCAGGCCUCCUGCAUGCUGCCUGCCUGCAGCCCGCCCCACACAGGCCCGGCCCAGCCAACAGGGCGUCUCCUGUGAGCCCCCCAGUCCCGCCCAUGCAUGGCCUCCCAGCCACCCUCAUCUCCAGGCCCAGCCUGGCCCCAAAUAUUCUUUCCUUCCAUCUCAGCAAGUGCUGAGUCUGAAUAAAGCCUCCUAACCCACGGA